UCUCUUAAGGCACAGCUGGAUACUAAACACAGCCUCAUCAAUAAGGAUCAGUGAUCACAUUCUGCAUCCUGGGUGUCGAGGAGCAUUCACACACAUCCAGCGCAUGACCGAAGCCUGUAAACGUGCCACACUCAGCUGAGGCAGACACAGCUACAGCACAGAAAGCCUACAAUUCUUCAGGAUGGCUGUGAAGCUGCUCUGUCUCAGCCUGCUGCUGGCUCUGUUGUGUACCGGCUGGACUAAACAACAAACAUGUCUCCUGUCUGCCUCAAACUGUGACGAGUGCAUCCAGUCUGGCCCGGAGUGCGCAUGGUGCACCGCCCCUCGUUCCGACGUCCGCUGUCAUACCUCGAAGGGGCUUCGGAGAGCAGGCUGUCAUAAAAGUUAUGUGUAUAACCCUCAGGGCGCUGUGCAGGUUGUUAAGAAUGACAGCAGCACAGAGCCAGCAGUUGCCAAGACUUUGCUGCUCCAGCCCCAGGAGCUUUCCCUCCGUUUGAGGCCGGGUGUGAGCCAGUCCUUCCCUCUAACUAUCACCAUGCCUACAGACCAGCCUGUCCAAGAACUGACUAUGGACAUCAGCAAUGUACCAGCAGGAGUCAACAUCACAUUUAGUAGUAUCACGACCGGAAACCCCCUACUCAUACAGGUGAACGUGGUGGCCGCCCAGUGUCCUGGUAAGAGUGAUGACUCAAACCAGAACAGGACUGGGCCCUGGUCCAGCCUUAUCACACCCAGAGGCUUUUCACUGAGUGUGAUGUUAGAAAUAACUUUAGAGUGUCAGUGUGACUGCAUUAGAAAUCGUGAGGAAAACAGCCCCACCUGCAGUGGCCACGGAGCUCUGUUGUGUGGCCAGUGCGCAUGCUACGAGUCUUACAUUGGACAAAACUGCCAGAGGGACACUGAUUCAUUUUCUUCACCACACGAAGACUACUGUCGCUCAGGCCCAAAUGCCCCAGUGUGCAGUGGCAGGGGGCAGUGUGUGGAGGGCUUCUGUGAGUGCGAGAUGCGAGCAAACCCGGAGGAAAGAUACAGUGGACGAUUCUGUGAGUGCAGCAACUUUGACUGUCCUUACCAGAACAACAGAGUAUGUGGAGGCCAUGGGAAGUGCAUGUGCGGACAGUGCAUUUGUGAUGACGACUGGACAGGUGAAGACUGCAGCUGCUCAUAUGAAACUGCCUCCUGCAUGGCAACAAACCAGCAGCUGUGCAACGGUAAAGGGAUGUGUCAGUGUGGAGUAUGUAAAUGUGAGCCACCGUAUGCAGGGCCAACCUGUGAGAACUGCCCCACUUGUGAGAACACAUGUGUCAAACACGCAAAGUGUGUGGAGUGUCGCGCGUUCGGGAUGGGAGAGAAGAGGGACAGGUGUGACCAGGAGUGCAGCUACCUCAGCGUGACAAUGGUGGACACCAAAGAUGAUCUGCCUCAAACAGGAGGAACUACAGCACUCUGUUUAAUGAUCAGCCCUGAGGACUCGUGCAUCUUCUAUUACACCCUCUCACGCACAUCCUCCAGACAACAGUCAACUGUGGCACGAGCUAGAAAGUGUAACUCUAGAGGGCUUAAGUAAUCAGCUGCCAGAGGGAGGAGUGCGUGAUGAAAGGUGUCCCACUUAAGUCCAGAUUAUUUUCCCUUUAUUGAGUUUUAGUUUGCUACAUCUAGUUUUAAUGAUUAUUUUGUUGUGGAAAAAUAAGCAAAUAAAAUAAUGUAUAACCUUGAAAACAA